AUGCCGGCCCAAGUCCACAGCCUCAGUGCCGGGCCCUCUGCAUCUGAACUCUUCGUUGCUUCCGGCAAUGGCGGACUUUGCAGUCUCGCCGCUGCCAACUUUUCUGCGGACAGCUGUCCGUACAUCGGUCACACUGGAGCAGUUCACAGCUGCGCUACGGCAUCUGACGGUAGCCGCAUUGCAUCCUGCAGCGAUGUUGAUCGUGUCCGGAUCUGGGAGACGCGAACUCGCCAGUGUGUGGCGCAACUACACACGAGUCGAGACAUCAAGGUCUCCGCGGUGAGAAUUAUUCGCAAGAUGCCUCAGUUACCCGGCCUUCCGCCUUUCCAACCAUUCCAACGAAUGCUAGUGUCAGGGGAGGAGGUGCCCUCUGUCUCCAGAUGCUUCUCUGGUCGCGAUGCAGCGCUAAAACAGCGCAUGAGCCCCUAUACGAAGACCGAUGACAUCUUGGACCACGUGCAGUGGACCUCUGGGGCCGAAACAUCGAAGCAGGCUGCAAACCCCGCAGAAGGAGACGGCCAGGACUUGGGUGCAUUGCUGGAAGAGGCACGACAAGGAGAGGCACGAUGGGCAAAGGUUGCUCAGCAGCUGUACGGCCUCCUGGUGGAGCGGGGCCUCGACACGGAUCUGAAGCCGUAG